CCAGAAAAACAGGUCUGACAAUCAAUUCGCGUACUGCCAAGACCUCGUCCCGCACCGACUGAUCGAAUUUUUUUAUUUUCUACGUACUCCUGAAAAUCUGGUUAUCAGCGGCGCCAGUUUUACAACGUAUUGCUUUUUGCAUUAUUUACAAUCGGCUCUCUGGUUUGCUUCUUGAUUCUUGUUUGCUAUAGGCUACAGCUCAUAAUCAUCGGCGGUGAUAAUAAUAUUAUUUCGUCCAGUCGCCCCGCCGAGAACUGCUCAAAAUCGAUAAUAUUAAUAACGUUUUCCGAGACUUAACGCAGCUCGCGUCAUUUCGCCAAGUCUUGAGCACCUGACACCCCGACCACCGACGGGCAACGGUCGACACACUCGACACUGAGUAUCGUCUCUCUCCGACGGAACAGAGGGACGACGAGCGCGCGCAUCACACCGCCCACACCUCUCCGCUUUACGCACGCACGUACAGCGAUACAGUACGCGACGAAGUGCGAACACACACGACUACACGAGUACAACACGACACAGUCGACACACCAGUACACCACACACAGUCCGAUUGCUCGACAACCGUCUGUCCGCUGCAGUCGGUGUAUUCGCUCGUAAACGCCUGAUCGUGCCGACCCCGUCGCCGGACGUAAGAUGCUCAUCAAAGAGUUCCGUGUGGUACUACCCUUAACAGUUGAAGAGUAUCAAAUUGCUCAACUGUACUCUGUAGCCGAAGCCAGUAAAAAUGAAACUGGUGGUGGAGAAGGUAUUGAAGUGUUGAAAAAUGAACCAUUUACCAAUUAUCCCCUUUUGGGUGGAAAAUAUUCAGAAGGGCAGUAUACUUACAAAAUUUAUCACUUGGCCAGCAAAGUACCUGGAAUGAUAAAACUUUUGGCACCUAAAGGAGCAUUAGAAGUUCAUGAAGAAGCAUGGAAUGCUUACCCUUACUGCCGAACCGUGAUUACAAACCCAAACUAUAUGAAAGAAAAAUUUAUGAUAACUAUAGAAUCAUUUCACUAUGCUGAUCGAGGAACCCAAAAUAAUAAUCCAAAUUAUAUGAAAGAAAAUUUCAGUAUAGUCAUUGAAUCAUAUCAUAUUGCUGAUAGAGGUACACAAGAAAACGUUCAUGAAUUACCUCCUGAAAAACUAAAACAGCGAGAUGUACAAAUAAUUGAUAUUGGUAAUGAUCCUAUUUCAUCUUCAGAUUACAAAGAAGAUGAAGAUCCUAAAAAAUUUAAAAGUCAAAAGACUGGAAGAGGUCUUCUCCAAGGAAAUUGGAUUGAAACAGCAAAUCCAGUUAUGACUUGUUAUAAAUUGGUAUCUGCAGACUUCAAAUGGUUUGGGCUGCAAAAUCGAGUAGAAAACUUAAUUCAUAAGUCAGAACGACGUCUAUUCACUAAUUUCCAUAGACAAGUAUUUUGUUGGAUGGAUCGUUGGCAUGGACUUACGUUAGAAGAUAUUCGUGAAAUUGAAGAAAAAACUCGAGAAGUAUUAGACAAACAACGAAAUGAAGGAACUGUUAGAGGAAUGAAAGCAGAUGCUGAUUAAAACAUUUUUGAAAGCUUUACAAACCUAUCCAAAUGCCUGAAAUCGUUUUGAAAAUUAAACCAUAUUUAUUCUAACACCAACCAAGUUGAAUAAAAACAACAUGAUACCACAUCUAGUAAUUUUUAUCUCUUAGUCUAAUUUUAACUAAAAAUUUAUAAAUUAUAUUAUACAUUUUAUUCUAAAAUAACAUUCUUACUUCAAAUAUA